UUUCAGCAUUUACUUUCUUUUCGUCUGUCUGUCUUCUCUCUUCUCAAGUUAGCCGCACUGUUUUGUGCAUUGGAAUUUCACAGUGCUAGGUGACACAAACAAGAAUGUUGUUUUCUCGCAAAAAUAGGUUCUAGUCUGUUUAAAUUGGAGAGAGAGGGCAAUCUUUGACUGAUGUAGAAGUGCAUCCGGUGCCUUUGAAUGCUAGCAUGUGUAGAUUAAUGACUUGACAUGUGUCAGAUGCUGAAGGACAUUUUUUGCAUCUGUCAAGUUGCAAACUGUACUUAACCUGGUUUUCUCUGACUUUCAAACAAGCUUGAACAGAAGACUUUUGAUUUUAGACAGUCCCGUGGGGAUGAUGGGUAGGUCUUUUUAUGAAGUUGUCUAGUGUCUGAUGGUCUUCUUUCAGGGCAAGUAGCAUGGCCGGCUUGUGGAGGUCCUACCAGGCACUGAUGUCCAAACGUCCUUGGACAGUCCAGAUACUCACAGCCGGCUCCCUGGUGGGGGUGGGCGAUGUCAUCUCCCAGCAGCUGAUCGAGAGGAGGGGCCUGGCCAACCACAGCCUGCAGAGGACGGCCAAGAUGAUGAGCAUCGGAUUCUUCUUUGUUGGCCCAGUUGUAGGAGGCUGGUAUAAGGUGCUAGAUUCACUGGUCACUGGAGGGACCAAAGCCGCUGCCUUGAAGAAGAUGCUUUUUGACCAGGUUGGCUUUGCACCCUGUUUCCUGGGUGCUUUCCUGGGCAUUUCUGGAACACUGAAUGGACUGACAGUGGAGGAGAACAUUGCCAAGCUGAGGAGGGACUACACAGAUGCUCUGAUCUCAAAUUAUUAUCUAUGGCCUCCCGUUCAGAUCGCUAAUUUUUACUUCAUACCACUGCACCACAGGUUGGCUGUGGUCCAGAUUGUGGCUGUGGUUUGGAAUUCCUAUCUGUCCUGGAAAGCCAAUAAGAUGUGAUGGAUUAGUCCUUGCCCCAUCCUACCUCAUAACACAGGACAAUCAAUGGUUUUGUUACAGAUAAGUGAAAUGGGGUCAACUCACUGCAAGGAAACCUGUUCACUUUAGCAAAACCUUUGAUACCAUGCAGCAAUAACUAAUAAACAAUGCAGUAUAUGUUUCAUUUUAGUUUAUUUUAAUGAACUAUGUUUAACUUGUGUUAGUACAGCUAUUUAGAAUUCCUUUUAUUAUUAUUAAUAUGUAGACU